UUGGACCACUUGACCAUCGGCUUUGACAUCCAGUCGACGCCCGACGCAGGAGGCAGCGGCCAAACGACGCGCAUUGUCGCGCACGGAUACGCGGCCGUGACCGCCCCGGAAGCCUUUGGACCGGUCGCUUCCACCUCACCGCAGUCGAAGACCAGUGCCUCGACUCGGAACCAGCAACAGCGAUCGGCCCGUCGUUCGUGUGCGCUGAUGAAUCCCGAAGCAAAGCACGUGCUCGAGCUGCUCACGCGGUCGCUUCGGGAGUUUGAGCGCGUGAUCCGGCGCCGACGACUCGGGUUCCAGUCGUUCGUGUACUUCCUCACGGUCGCCAUGGACGAAGCCGCGCUGCAGUCGUGUCACGUCUGUGCGAAGAGCUUCUCGCUCCUCCGACGCGACUUUUUCUGCCAGCUCUGCGGCCACAUGGCCUGCCGCACGUGCUCGCACCUGCACGAGGUCGAAGCCACUGUCGGCGACGUGCGUCGGAACCGCAUCUGCAUCAAAUGCGUUCUGCGCGUCGACGCCUGUACGUUCGAGAACGACAAUUUGGUAGCGGCUCUAGGACCGACCGUCGUGCGGGACGACAAGCAGUGGUUCCCCGACCGGAGCGAGCACGAGGCCAUCGACAAGAGCAAAGCGGACGAGGCCGGUGCAUUGCCGACUCCUUCGGCCUCGUCGUUGUCAAUGUCGCACGACCGAUUGGCGUCGAGGGAUCCAGCAACGCGGUCUCGAGCCCUUGAGGAACUUGGCCGGUUGAUGCUGUCUACUCGAGCGGCCUCGUCGUUGCAGACGAAGUCGAGACGCCCGACCGAGUCGAAGGAAGAGCAGGACGUUGCAAUGGACUUUUCGGUCGAAGACGUGACGCGAGACGUCGAGCACCACGUCGAGCAGAGUCUGCGUGCUACGGAGAAGUGCAUCACACUCGAGGACUGUGAGGUCGCUGGGUCGGACCGGGACUACGCUUUCGAGUUCGACAGCAGCUCGACGCACGACCCGAACCUCCCGUUGCCGCCCAUGCCGCGACAAGAUAAGGAAGAGAGGCGACUGCAGUACAUUGACGCGUCGGGCAUGUUGGACGCUCAGUUCGACCGGUCGGCUUUGGACCUCUUGGCCCAAGUGGCAGCGAAGCAGUUGAACUGUCCGAUUGGGUUCAUCACAAUGGUCGGCAAAGAGACGCUCCACGCCAUCGGUACGUUCCCUUUGCGCCCUCGAGAGACGACAGUCAUCCCACGACGUGAGAGUAUCUGCUCCCACACUGUUUACGCGGACAAACCGCUGGUCGUGAAGAACCCGCAACGGGACAUGCGGUUCGCCCAGAUGUCUCUUGUGAAACAGGCGCAGGUCAAGUUCUACGUGGGGUUCCCGAUCCGCGCGCCCGACGGUGCGGUUGUGGCGUUGCUCUGCGCGUCGGACUUUCAGCCGCGCGAGACGAUUUCGGUCAAGGAGUACGCUGCGAUGGAGGCGCUGGCGAAGCUCGCAGGGCAAGUGGUGGCCCCGCGACUAGUUACCUGCUGCGGCGUAGACCGAAGUAAUAGCCACAUGUAA